CUAGUCGACGUGGACAAUCCGUUCGUGAGCGAUUUCGUGAGCAAGCACCUGGACGAGCUGGGCAUCGACCACGUGAACAAGCUGCGCGUCCAGGACGCUGUGAUGUUCGACGCGGUCGCUCUGUUCGCCCAGGCUUACAAGGACUUCAGUUACCAGUACGAGCACGCGCAGCGCGGCGCUCUGCUGCCCCGCGCUUACGACCAAGAGACGCCGUGGAAGGACGGCGUCAGUCUGAGAAAUUACAUGCUGGCAACCGAAGUAAUGGGACUGACGGGGCCAGUGAUGAUAGACGGUGACGGGGUGCGACGUCGCUUCAAGUUGAGCGUGAUCAAUCUCCAUCAGUCGGGCCUCGCGAGAGUCGGCGAAUGGAACUCCGAGGAUGGCUUCAGCGAGCUCUACCUUGUAAAGACUCGGACCAGAGAGCAUUACAGAGUUCUGAUCACGCUGACGCCUCCUUACGCCUUCGAAAAGAAUCACACGAAUACACUGGAGGGCAACGAUCGCUACGAGGGCUUCGUCAUUGACCUGAUCAAGAAACUGAGCGGACGGAUGAGCUUCGACUAUACGUUCUACGUGCAGAAGGAUAGGAACAAUGGCAAUUGCAAGAGAGAGGACAAGACUGGCGUGUGCCAGUGCACCGGCAUCAUGAACAACAUUUUGAAAAACGAAGUGGACUUGGCGAUCACGGACCUGACAAUCACGGAGGAUCGCCAGAAGUGCGUGCAAUUUUCCACAGCCUUCAUGAGCCUGGGCAUCAGCAUACUGUUCAAGAAGCCGCAGAAGGCCGAGGCCACUUGGUACUCGUUUUUCGCGCCUUUCCACCACCUGGUCUGGCUGUGCAUCGCCUUGACCUUCUACGUCAUGGGCGCGUUCUUUUACAUCUUAGGCCGUCUCUGCCCAGGCGAAUGGAUAAAUCCGUUUCCCUGUAUCGACGAGCCUGCCGAGCUUCACAAUCAGUUUACUAUUGGCAAUGCUUUGUGGUUCGUCAUGGGUUCCAAAAUGCAGCAAGGCUCUGAAAUCAUGCCCAUAGGUCUCGCUCCCAGGAUUUUAGCUGGCUGGUGGUGGUUCUUUUGCUUGAUCAUCGUUAAUACGUGCAUUGCCAACUUGGUUGCUUUUCUCACAGUAGAAAAACCCGUCGUACUUGUGAAAAGCGUUGAUGAUUUGAUAGGACAAACGGAAAUAAAAUACGGGGCUAAGGAGGGUGGAUCUACAUUGCAAUAUUUCAAAAGCUCAAAAAAGUAUCGACAACUCUAUGAUCAAAUGAUGGAUCCUGAUUGGAACGAGUACGUAGUCAAAGAUAAUAAUCAGGGCGUUGAGUUCGCCAAAAGAAAAGACAUAAAUUAUGCUUAUUUCAUGGAAUCUGCAUCUAUAGAAUAUGAAAUAAAACGUAACUGCGAACUUCAACAAACAGGCAAACUCCUCGAUCAGAAGGCAUAUGCUAUUACUUAUGCCCAAAAUUUCACGAAGCACAAGGAGUUGAAUUACGUGAUGUCCCUACUUCAGGAGUCGCUGGAAAUCAAAGACCUGAAAGACAAGUGGUGGAACAUGAAGGGCGCAGUUUGCGGCGAAAGCAAAAAAACGGAGACCAUCGAGUACACACGCCUCACGCUCGAGCAGAUGAAAGGUAUUUUUUAUGUGUUGGGAGUGGGCCUCGCGUUGUCAUUCGUAUACACGAUCUACGAGUUCGCGCACAGUAUUCGCUCCAUUUCCAAGACGUCCGAGCUUGGCUUUUGGACAAUCGCUCGAAUGGAAUUGAGAAUAACGACCCCAUUGAAACCAGAGUUAAGUAAGCAGAUCUCUUUGAAGACCAGCUCUAUCGACGGCACCUUGAAUAACUUGGCAGUCACGACGCGUGCCUAGGAGUCUCUUCAACGCAGUUUCCAUUGUCAUUAUUUUCCGCGGUUUUCGCUUUUACUCGUGGGUUUUGCGAAUUAACAGAACUGCUUGUAUAAGGAAUAACAAUAAAUAUUUCUGAAACGUGUCACUGCGUACAUAUCAAGUGAGAACGGUUCGUGUAUACUUUAGUCAGAUGCUCGUACUUAACGACGACAAAUGCAAUGUACGUUCGAAAAACCGAGCAUAGCUCGAAUUGUUCUUCUACUGAAAUUUACCACAAAUUGAUAAUAGUCAAAACAUCAAGUACGUGUAAAAUUUCCUUUUAUAGAUACAUUACGAUUACAUUAGCAUUUCUGAUAAAUCUU